AUGGAACCCCAGUCUCUCCCUCCCAUGGACGACGCCGAAGACCCUUCCUCCAUUUGGGACUUCUCCUACCUCCUUGACUUCAACGUCGACGAGGACCACACCAACAACUCUCUCCCUCUUCCUCCUCCAUUAAACGAUGCUACCGAGAUCCCUAACGACCGGGUUCGAAAGCGUGACCCCCGACUCGCCUGUUCCAACUUUCUCGCGGGUCGGGUCCCAUGCGCCUGCCCCGAACUCGACGCCAAGCUCGAGGACGAGGGUUUGCCUGGCAAGAAACGCGCCCGCACCGCGCGAGCAUCCGCAUCCGCUCGAUGCCAGGUCCCUGGCUGUGAGGUCGAUAUCUCCGAACUCAAAGGCUACCACCGCCGACACAGAGUCUGCCUCCGCUGCGCCAAUGCCGCCACCGUUGUUCUCCACGGCGAGCCCAAGAGAUACUGCCAGCAGUGCGGAAAGUGCGAUUCCCUUUCUUCACUCUCUUUGCCGUCGAUUGAGUCAAUUGCCUCGCUCCUUUGUUAG